UGCAGGCGACGGAGCGGAGCGUCUGGCCGGAGCGCCCCGGGGAAGAGUAGCUGCAGGGAACGGCUGCCGGGCGGCAGAACUUGCUCUGUCUCUGGGAGACGCGCGGGGCCCCAUGGAGCUGCUGGCCCUCUGUUGGCACCCUCUCUGGGUGCCUUGCACCCUGGUCCUGUCCGUGGUGCUCUGGGCAAGGAGGGCAGCGUGGAGACCCGCGGCUUGUCCUGUGGACCUGCGUGGCAAAACCGCCGUGGUCACUGGAGCCAACAGUGGUGAGUCCGCAGGAUGUGCUGGGCCUGAGGGGCCAGGGGGCUUAAGCCUUGACCCCUCCCCAGACCCAGACCCCCAACCCGGUAGAUUUUACCUGCUUAUCGGGGCUGCGCAAAGGGAUUAAGGUCCCAUCGAGCGCUUCGGAAAACAGAAUCCUAGAAUAGUAGAAUUGCAGAAUUGGAAGGAACUGCCAAGAAUCAUUUAUUCCAACCUCCUGCAAGACAGGAAUCUCAGCACAAGAUUCUAGAGGGUCAUUAAUCAUAGAACUGGAAGGGACCCCCGAAUUUCAUAUAGUCCAAGCGCCCGCAAUGUGGAAAUCUCGACACACAGGUGUUGCGUGUUUCGGAUGUUUCUUAGUGGUUCUGAACUUGUGGGUUAUGUCUGCGUGGACAUGCAUUUUCCUUGGCACUUAAAGUACGCGCACCCUAAUACAGUAUUAUUAUAACACCGUGCAUGUGGGACUUCAGGAUUAACUGAAGCAGAGGCUGGAGGGACACCUGUCGGGUAUGAUCUAGCUGCGGUUCUUCCAUUGGGCACUGUGCAAUUGUGUGUGUGCGAAAGAGAGAGGGAAUGUUGCAGCAGGACAAAUCCAACGAUGGUUGAACUAUGUACGUAACUCGCUAUCGCAGCAGGAGGCAGCCCUGACGCCCAGCCUAGAAGGCUUUAAAAUGCCCGGCGGACCCAGGGAGGAGGGGAAGGUGGGAAGUCCAGAGAUUGGGAGGAAUCUGUAAAGAUGGAUGUUCGUAUUGUUAUAAUGUUAUACUUGUAACGCAAGUAAAACCAAAUUAAAAUUAUUUCAAACAAACAAAAUUAAAUAAAUGAAUAAGUUUAAAUAAAUAGAUAGAUAUGUAGAAAAUGCAAUAAUAAAAUAGAAUAAAAUGCCUGGAGGAGGAAGAGAAGGCUAUCGAGGGCUGCUGAAGGGAGCAGAGCUUCUGAGUACAGUACUGGUUGUUGGAGACCCCAGGAGGGGAAGGGGCUCUGCCGCUCCAAUCCUGUUUACAGGUUUCCCAUAAUAUGGCACCUGGCUGGCCAGGGUGAGAACUGGACGCAGCACUGGGUGGGUUCCUUUGGCCGGAUCCAGCAGCGUCUUCUGAUUUAGCCCUGCGUGGAUUGCUGCGUGGGCCCUCCUUCCUCCUGCCCCCCUGAAACAAUGGGUCUGGGGUGUGUGUGGCAAGAGCUGGCCUGCGGCUGAUGCCUUCGGACUCCAUAGCACUGCGGAGUUAAAAGGGACUCCGAGGGUCCUCUGUCUAGUCCAGCCCCCGCAGUGCCAGAAUCCUGCCCACAGCCGUCCCUGGAUGGGCUCAGACCAAAGACCUUCUGGCUGACAGCCAGACCCACCGACCCCUGGGGGCUUUCCCAGGGAACCCCCACUCCCCUGGGGCAGGUGAGCAGGAUCUGCGCAAAAUGACGAGUCUGGUUGCUCCUGCUGCCGCCAGCUGGGUCGGGUUGGGUUCCAGAGCAAUAGGGAAGCGGGUCAGGGCCAGGGGGAGAGCCACCCCCGCCAAGACCCCCACCAAGACCCACGAAGAGGGGUUCUGGUCCUUGACUCGCCCCCCCCCCGGGCUCUGCUGCAGGGAUUGGCAAGUGCGUGGCUCUGGAGCUGGCGCGCAGGAAUGCCCGGACCAUCCUGGCCUGCCGCAGCCGAGAGAGAGGGGCGGCAGCCGUGGAGGAGAUCCGCAGGGCCACGGGGAACCCCGACGUCCACCUGCGCAUCCUGGACACCAGCUCCAUGGCGUCGGUGAGGAACUUCGCCCGGCAGUUCCUGGAGGAAGAGGGGCAGCUGCACAUCCUGGUCAACAACGCCGGGACCACAGGU